UAGAAGCGAGCGAAAAGAAAUCAGUUGGCUUACAAUAGCUCGUAAAAAGGUAUUGGAUAUCGGACAGAACGCUUCCAAGCAUACAGGUAUAGAAAUACAGUUUACACACCAUACAUUUUGAAGUGUAUAUUGGACAAGGUUUAUGUCUUUGAGCUUUCACUUCCUUUAACCGCCUGCUUCACUUCGUUAUUCUCUUAUCGCGAUGAUUAAAAGUUCAAAACAGUCAUUAGGCCACUUCUGACAGGGGUUUAUUUUAAUGCAAAAAAAUUAAAUGUAAAUAUUUAUGUCUACGACUUUUCUGGAAGGAAAUCUCCAGAUGUUAUCAUGAAGAUGGUUUUCAGGUUAUACUUGUAAUAUUUAUCUGUAUUUUGACUCCUGAGCUUGUCAGCGGGACUCGACAUUUCCAGACAUAUCACACUAGAUGACACGAUUACCGUAUAAUCCUACUUCUGGAUCUGCUGCUUGUGAACCUUUCAAGCCUUUUGGAAUUGAACCGGGACUCGUGAAGCAGGUCAGGGAAAAGUUUCAGAGUGAAAUAUCAAUGCGUGAGCUGUCAAGAAAUCUUCAGAAUGGUAUGAAACAUCACUCAGCAACAGCUCGUUUGACAAGUGCAUACCAUAAUCUUUUGCAUAAUGAAGGUGGAAUUCUGAGACAUAACACGUACCCCAACAGAAGAAUCCAGUCAGCAGGGAAGAUUUCUGACUCCUCAAACUCAACAGACGUGGAUAUCAAAGCUUUAUCCAAGCCCCUAAAUGUGGAAAAGCGUUCGCUUAUCAACAAAAACAAAAGAAACACUGGAAAUCCUGAAAAUGCUACAGUGCCUAUUAAAAAUUUUCUUGAUGCUACCAAAAGUGAUUAUAGACCUGAAACUGCAGUAUUUAGAAAUAAUUCAGUCAGCGUCUGUGAAUAUCAGGAUAGAUCAUCACAUAAAAGCAGUGGUGCAAAUGAAGGCACGUGUCGUAAAUCCUCUACAUUUCCUAAGUUAAAUGGAUAUGGAAGCAAGUUGAAGGAAAAAAUUACACCUUCUAAAUCAAUUAACAAACCACAUGUAGAGUUUAAACAACCAGUGGUACUUCCUAAGCCAUCUAAAAGCGAGUUAAGUAAGGAUCCCUUAGUUAAUUUUGGCAUACCCAAGGGAUAUCAAGCAACUAAACAGUCUAGCCAAAGCAUAUACAAUGCUGAUGAGUUUCAUUACACGUGUAAUUCCUCAAACUCACCCAACGAAGACGGCAGAAGUAAAAGUCCACGCCUAAAAUUUGAAGUAUACAGUAGUCCCCUGAAUUCUGAAACGACUUGUAGGGGAGGGACAACCAUUAAAAUUGACACACGAACCAUCCAGAAUGCAGGCUCACCUACCAAACAUACGGAAAGUAAUUAUGGUUAUAUGCCUAAAAAUUUCAACUUUCCCACCAACUCUAAUCAUACAGCGAAUGAAAGUAAUGGUCAACCCUUGACACUAGGCAAUGAUGCUCUUCCAACAUCAAGUAAAUAUUCUAAGGAAUUAAAAUGUCCACUUUCUAAAGCAGAUGCUGCGAGCGAUGGAACACAAAAACCUCCAGCGCAUACACAAAAGGGUAUUGUUAAUAGUUCUGCUCAACCAAAUGGAAUUUUAAAAACGUCAGUGUCUUCGGUCAUUAUCAGCGACCCCAAGGUCAGUAGUUCUGCGUCUGUGUCCACGACAUCAUCAAAUGUACCCUCACCUUCUCAAUCUCUGUUCAAUAUUCAGAACGGAAAUUUUUCUCCUCAUUCCGUUAAGAAGAAUCUCUCCAACGAAAUCAAUUGUAAUAAAACCUUUGUGAAAAAUGGAGAACAUUCUGAGUGCGAGAAAACAAGUGAUAAUUUUGAGAAGAUAGGGAUUUCUUUUCCCUUUAAUGGAGAAAUUAGCAACAAGACUUCCUCUCCUACAAGAAGAAUCACCUCAUUACCGCAUAAAAGCGAGUUUAAAACCAAUACUUUGACACAAGUACUUCCCAGUCAUAUCAAAUUUAACCCUGACGAUGUUAUGAAGGCUUCAGUAAGUUCUGUGGAGACUGGUGAAUCAGAGAAAUCUCCCGAUUUUAUUAAGGAUUCCACUGUCUUGGAAAGAAAUGAGGUCAAAAAGCAGUCUCAUGACAAGGUGGCAGGCUACUUCAGUUCACAGGACGCUGGAAAAGUCCACUUAUCAGAAUUUGAUACAACCCCUAAAGACAAAAUAAGGUCUUGCAGUCUACCAUACCACAAAAGGCAGGUAAAUCAUUCCGUCUUAGACAGCGUCAUGGGCGAAAUGGAGCAGCUUUUUUCAGGAAAACAAACAAAUGCACUGAGCAAACAACCGAGGAUACUCAGUUUUGCACGUGAAAAAGCCAUGCAGUAUAGAGAGGAAAAAGAAAACGACCUAGAUAACCCAGCAAAAUUUGGUAACGUAAUGGAGUCAACAGAAACCAGUGUUAAUGAUCAGAAGACGGUUGCUCAAAAUCCAAACGAGCAUGCACCAACUGCGUCAACUUCAUCUAAACAACAAAGGCAGUCAGAAAGCUUUCAGGCCGCAUUGCAAGCAGUUGAAAAAAAUCUAAAGUUAACUUCUGCUACAGAAAAUAACCAGAGUUCGAAUUUGAAACAGUUGCUAAUGAUAGUAUUAAACGAACCAGCAGAAGUUUUGUCACAAUUCGUCCUGGUUUCCCAGCAGUCAAGACAAGUUUGGCCGAGGAGUGUAAUGCUACUUCUAUAAUGGACAAAACACCUGUAUCACAUAGUCAAAUGGUAUGUAUAACAAAUUCAAUACGAGAUAUUCAUCUUUUUCUAAAUAACACCAUACUUAACAAAAUCCUCAUUUUCACACUACUUUAUUAUCUCAUUGUAUAUCAACUAACAUUUAUGACAUUUAAUGUAUGCACAUUACAAAAUUUUAAACAAAAUUCACUUCAAUAUCUUUUUCCUGUACAUUGGACUAAACAUUAACCAAUUAAUACAUUCAUAGUUAACAAUAAUCCUAUAUUCGUUAAAAUACCAUUGCCUACCGAUGAGAAAUUUAUUAAGCAUCAAAAUGUUUUAAAUGAACUAAAUUCAACUAAAAUAAUUCCAACAAAAGGGUCAAUUACAAAAGAUAAUCAUCUAAGUGAAGGUCAACAUAAUGAUCAAAUUAUUGCGAAGUAUGAAGAUUUUAGUGAUUCUAGUAUCAGUGACUCACUACAUUCUGUAACACGUUCAAGAACGUCAUUUCCCCGUCCACAGUGGCCAUCAAUGAACUCCUUUAUGUGGUCUUCUAAUCAAAAUAUUAAAACUUACAUACAGUCGGCUUAUAAUUUAAAUAAAACUACAGGUAGUACAGAUGAAUUAAAUCCUUAUCAAAGUACACCAAAUAGACAACUUUCACAAAGUAUUAAACAUUUUCCGCGUUUAACAACACUUGGAAUUUCUGGUGAACGACCUAAAUCAGCCCGGUGAGAGAUGCUUACAAAAGAUUUACAAAUGAAUUUAAAGCCUAUCCUGUUCAUCAACCGAGUAUAAUUGCAAACGGAAAUACAUAUAUGUGUUGAAUAUUGUUUGAAAAAAGAAAGUAAUGUGCAGUUUAUGAUCUUACUUUUUUUCUACUGAUUUUAUUGUAUUUAUGUUUUUCUUUGCAUACUUCAUACUGAUAAAUAUGCCUUUGCAUUCAAAAUCUAACUUCUUCAUACCGAUUCAUAAACAGGGUGGUUAAUUGCCAAAACGUUCAUAGCAAUCAUUAUCAUCAUUACUACUGUUAUACUUAUUUAUGUUGAUGAAAUGAUGUUUCAUCAGAGUGAAUCUUUACAAACAUUUUCAUUUUAUAUGCAAUUCUGUAUUUAUACAUAAGCUUACACUUUUUAGUGUUUCUUGAGGAGAUUAAGAGCAGUGGACAUUAUCAGUAUGUUACGUUUCACUUUUAUAGAAUUCAGAAUAAAUAAAUUUGUCGUCUCUCACUUGCAGAAAGUUAUUAAUCUUUUUGACUUAGCUAGUAACUGUUAUUCAUCAUACUCGAAUACGUUAACUUAUGUUGGCAAGAUAGGUGAGACAUUUUAUAGUGUUAUGGCUUGCAUUGGAUGGAAUUAACCGGUCUCUAUUGGCACGCGGACUCCUAUGCAGAUGCCUCGAUAUUUCUUGUGCUUUAAUCAUACAUACCGAUGAUGGAUAGUGGCUAGCAGUGGAGUCCAGUAUACGCGUUU